AUGGCUUUCUACGGUUGGCCGCUCGCUCAAUGUCAAUCACUCAAGACGCCGCUCGCCGUACAGCUGCGGUCGGGCAUCCGAGUGCUAGACAUUCGGCUCUCGCUCGUUCAUGAUCGACUCAUCGCCUAUCACGACAUAUACCCCCAGAAAGCCACCUUCCAAUCUAUUCUCGCGGACGUUCAUGAUUAUUUCUCUGACGCCGCGUCAUGUCGUGAAACGGUCGUCAUGUCAAUCAAGCAGGAGGACUGGCGCACGACUCCCGCACGGGCAUUCUCCGCAGCAGUGCGGAGGGAGAUUGAGGAGAGUGAAGGCGGCCUUGCAGGGUGGUUCUUGGACGAUCGUAUACCUUCGCUCGGAGAGAUUCGGGGGAAGAUCGUCAUGUUCAGCCGCUUCGGAGGCGAUGGGGCUGAGUGGGAGGGCGGGCUGGAAGGCCUCGGGAUACAUCCGUCGAACUGGCCGGACAGCGAGAAAUGGGGAUUUACCUGGAACUGCAAGAAUACGCUCGUGAGAACGCAUGACUGGUAUCGCAUCCCAUCAUUUCUGUCUAUACCAGAAAAGGUGGAACUAGCGACCCGGAUACUGCUCCCUCCGGCUAACGAGCCUCCUACGCCAUGUUUAAACAUCACCUAUCUCUCCGCAUCGUCGCUACCGCUCGCCAUGCCGCCUACCAUCGCGCGGGGCUUCGGUUGGCCACAGUGGGGUCUUGGUAUUGAAGGCGUCAAUGCACGCGUCGGCCGGUGGUUGUUGGGCCUCCUCGUCGACCAAGCAAGCACCUUCCGUCGUGGAGGCGAGGGUGCGCUCCCGCUAAAGGUCGAGGAGGAGCAGUUCCAAGACAAGCUGCAUGAUAUCCGGACCUAUGUCGGUGGUGGUGACAUGCAGGUCGUCGAACCUCGGGUUAGGGGAUGGGUGAUGAUGGAUUUCUAUACCGAUCCCGAGGAGGCCGGACUCGUUCCGCUAUUGAUUGAACUCAAUUUUCGCGGAAGGAUACCGGGCCAAGAAGGUUGGCCAGAAGCUGACUCGGGAUCGUGGAAUCGGGUGUAG